CCCCAGCUCUAGACUGAUGUCUCAGGGGCUUAGGCCCCCACCCCGAGUCGGAGAGCCAGAUUGGGGUUUAGGUGGGGGGGAGCGCGAAGCUUGGUGCCCUGAAGGGAGACAGGAGUUUGGAGGAGGUUGGAGGGUACAUGGAGCGGGCGGACUCUUGGGUUCCCAAGGACCUCUGGGCCCUCAACAAGACCCUGGGACCUGGGUUCUCUGGCAGGGUGAGCGUAAAGGGGUGAACGCCUGGAUUCCCAAGAGAGGGAUGGGGCUGUGGAUGCUGGGGUCCAUGGAAGGUGUUGUCAGGGGCUGUCACUUCUGAAUGGAGCAGGGGCUGCUGGUACAGUACCCUGGGUCUGUGACCAGCUGGAGGUCAUAUGGUCAUAUCCCUGGAGCCCUGAGGGGCUGGUUUGAGGCUGGAAUUUCUGAAUGAGGCAGGGACCAGGUGGGGAAUGCUGGCCAUCCCAGUCGCCCCAAGGCCAGGGGUCAGGGAGCUGGGUCCCAGUAGAGGUUAGAGUUGGCUCUGAUUUAGAGCGAGUGGCCCCUGUGGGAAUAGGAACUGCUGAUCCCCUGGGUCCCCAUGGGGAAGGAUCCCCUGUUGGAUUCCAGACUUGGGUGGAGUCUUUGGGGGAGGUUCCAUGUUGCCCCAGGCCUGGUUGGUACCUGCUUGAGCUGGGGUAUGAGCAGGGCCAGGGGAGGGAGGCUGACCCUUGCAGCCUGAUUGGGACUUGGGACCCCGCCCAUCCUUAGCUGUCCACCUUGGCCUUCUCCCUCUAGUGGCACCAGGACUUCUGUCUUGCCUCCCCCCUUCUCUUCCUCCCUUUCCCUCCUCCCGCCCCUCCAUUACCGGCUGCCUAGCGCUGAAUUAUUGAUGACCCCUGAUUACCCGGGGGUUUGGGAAAUGACAACAACCGCAGCCCCCCCAACUCUCCCGCCCAGGCUGCCCACCACCUCUAGGGACCAGCCAGCCCACCACCAACCUCUACCCAAGGUUAAUGCUGGGGGCGGGUAGGUAGGUGGGCAGGGAAGAAGCUGAGGAUGAGAAGGCAGGAGGGGGAGCAGGCUACAGAGAGCGGUGCCUGUUCAGUCUUGAGGCCCUCCAGCCAGGUUGGGUCCGUGCACCCGGGUCUGGGUAGGGCAGUGCAGCACAGAGGGUCCAGGGCUUGAUGGGGGGCGGGGGGGGGGCGCUCUCUCAGACAGUCUGGGUUUCACUCUCCAGGGAAGACAGAAGCCUCUGUGUGUGCAAGCGCUGACCUCAUCGUCAACCAGCCACCCCACCCCUCCUGGUCCUUUUAAGAAAAAAAAAAAAUCCUCCUCUCGGGGCCUAGGGUGGGAGUAAGGGCUCCGGGUUUGCCUUCCCGGAUUGGGCCUACAAGCCGGAGUCAUCCCCCGGCUCGAGGCAGAUCCAGCUGUGGCACUUUAUCCUGGAGCUGCUGCGGAAGGAGGAGUACCAGGGUGUCAUCGCCUGGCAGGGGGACUACGGGGAAUUCGUCAUCAAGGACCCCGACGAGGUGGCUCGGCUCUGGGGUGUCCGCAAGUGCAAGCCCCAGAUGAAUUAUGACAAGCUGAGCCGGGCCCUGCGCUAUUAUUACAACAAACGUAUUCUGCAUAAGACUAAGGGGAAACGGUUCACCUACAAGUUCAACUUCAACAAACUGGUGCUGGUUAAUUACCCUUUCAUCGAUGUGGGGUUGGCUGGGGGUGCGGUGCCCCAGAGCGCCCCGCCAGUGCCGACAGGCAGCAGCCACUUCCGCUUCCCUCCCUCGACGCCCUCCGAGGUGCUGUCUCCCACCGAGGACCCCCGCUCACCACCGGCCUGCUCUUCGUCCUCAUCCUCCCUCUUCUCGGCUGUGGUGGCCCGACGCCUGGGCCGAGGCUCUGUCAGUGACUGUAGCGAUGGCACGUCAGAGCUGGAAGAGCCGCUGGGAGAGGACCCCCGGGCCCGACCGCCUGGCCCCCCGGAGCUGGGUGCCUUCCGCGGGCCCCCGCUGGCCCGCCUGCCCCAUGACCCUGGUGUCUUCCGUGUCUACCCCCGGCCCCGGGGUGGCCCUGAGCCCCUCAGCCCUUUCCCUGUGUCGCCUCUAGCCGGGCCUGGCUCCCUGCUGCCCCCUCAGCUCUCACCGGCUCUGCCCAUGACACCCACCCACCUGGCCUACACUCCCUCACCCACGCUGAGCCCUAUGUACCCCAGUGGUGGCGGGGGCCCCAGCGGCUCGGGGGGAGGCUCCCACUUCUCCUUCAGCCCUGAGGACAUGAAACGGUACCUGCAGGCCCACACCCAAAGCGUCUACAACUACCACCUCAGCCCCCGCGCCUUCCUGCACUACCCUGGGCUGGUGGUGCCGCAGCCCCAGCGCGCUGACAAGUGCCCGCUGCCGCCCAUGGCACCUGAGACCCCGCCAGUCCCCUCCUCAGCCUCGUCCUCCUCUUCUUCCUCCUCCUCUCCAUUCAAGUUUAAGCUCCAGCCGCCCCCACUGGGACGCCGGCAGCGGGCGGCUGGGGAGAAGGCUCUGGCGGGCGCUGACAAGGGCAGUGGCGGUGCCCUCGGUGGCGGUGGCAGCGCAGGCGGGCUGGCCGAGGGGGCCGGGGCGCUGGCCCCCCCCGCCCCCCCACCGCCCCCUCCCCAGAUCAAGGUGGAGCCUAUCUCGGAAGGCGAGUCAGAGGAGGUGGAGGUGACUGACAUCAGCGACGAGGAUGAGGAAGACGGGGAAGUGUUCAAGACGCCUCGUGCCCCCCCUGCACCCCCAAAGCCCGACCCCGGCGAGGCACCCGGGGCAGCCCAAUGCAUGCCCCUCAAGUUGCGCUUUAAACGGCGCUGGAGUGAAGACUGUCGCCUGGAGGGGGGUGGGGGCCCCACUGGGGGCCUCGAGGAUGAGGGAGAGGACAAGAAGGUGCGUGGGGAGGGGCCUGGGGAGGCCGGGGGGCCCCUCACCCCAAGGCGGGUGAGUUCUGACCUCCAGCACGCUACCGCCCAGCUCUCUCUGGAGCAUCGAGAUUCCUGAGGGCUGUGGGCAGGGGACCCCCGUUCCCUCCACCCCCCCCCCCCCGCCUCUUUUGCUGCCUUAACCCCCCCAUUCCCUGGAGGUGAGGGCAGCUUUCUCGUCUCUUCCCUGCCUCCUCCCUUUCCCCUCCCCCAUGUUUUGUAUGAAACUUUUAAUUUCUUUUUUUUUUUUUUUAACAGUGAGGGUGGGUGGGUGCCCAGGGCUGGGGGCUGUCCCCUGUCUCUAUGGGUUUCUAAGCUCCGGGCAGAGUGGUAGGGGGGAGGGGGGAGUUAAGGGGGCCACCUCCAUUCUGGGGAAUUUAUAUUUGAACUGAGGCUCUGGCCUCAAAGCCCAGGAACUUUUUUAUUACAAUCGCUUAGGAAGUAAAGCCUUGUCUCCCUCCCUGUUCUCUGCCUCCUGUACCUCUCUCCCUUUCCACCCCCGGCCAUCCUCAGCCCCGAUCCUGCCUUCCCUGCCCCUCCAGGGGCCAUGAGUGCCUGGGUUUCUCAUACCCCCCCACAGGGUUGCAGCAGAGGAGGGAGGAACGUUUUAUGAUGAACCUGAACCAAAAAUUCUGUUGGGGGGGGGUUGGGGGUGGAGGAGGGUGAGGGGUGCCGCCCAUAGGCCACAAAUCUCUACAAGUGCCUGCUAUCCCUCUCCUACUUCCCACCCCAGCGCCAGUCCAACCCCUUCACCCCCAGCUGCUCCUAGGACUAGCCCGUAGGCAGGCAGGUGGGAAGGGGGUGCCCUGAAACCAAACUGGAAGCCCCCUCUGCCUCCCAGCUGGGGCCCCUGGGCUGGGGGUCUGUGGUCAAGCCUUAUUCUGUAUUGGGGACGGAGGGUUGGGGGGAGGGAAGUUGGGGGCUGCUGGAGAAUGUAUUCAAAACAAUAAAACUUUGGACCUU